UAUUCACUCUAAAAGCAUUCUGGGAUAGCAUCGGCGCUUGUCUUCCCUUUCUAAAGCUGUGUUCUCUCAGAACGUGCCAAAAAUCGCCAGCGUGUUAUAUUUUAAGCUAAAAUGAGCGAAAAUAACUACAGAGGAAGCUCUGAGGAGAAGGAGGAGAGCCCUAGACAGUCUGCAUCAAGGUCACGCUCCAAGUCGCCCUCCCACUCCAGAUCCUCAGCCCACUCAUCAAAAUCCAAGUCCAGGUCUCGUUCCCAUAGCUAUUCGCGAUCCAGAUCUCACAGCCCAGUGCGCAGACCAAGGUCUUCUAGCAGGAGAAACAAGUCACACUCGAGGUCUCGCUCGCCAAACCCAUACUACAAGGGCAGAAGGUCUCGCUCACCAAGUCCCUACAACAGAGGACGAAGGGGGAGAGAUUCAUCUCACUCGCCACUCUCUAACAGAAAAAGACACCAAGGAAAUAGGGAAUCACAGUCACAGCCAAGGGCCAACCGAAUGUCCUUGGUGUCGUCAGAGAGGGACAACCCUUCACCCAGUAGGUGUCUGGGGGUGUUUGGACUAAGUCUCUACACCACUGAGAGAGAUUUGCGACCAGUAUUUGAAAAAUAUGGGCCAGUAGAAGCCAUUCAAAUUGUCUAUGACCACCAGACUGGUCGCUCGCGUGGAUUUGGAUUUGUGUACUAUGAAGAUACCAAAGAUGCAGAAGUUGCCAAAGAGCGAACCACAGGAAUUGAACUGGAUGGAAGGCGCAUCCGAGUUGACUACUCUGUUACUAAACGAGCACAUACCCCCACUCCUGGAGUGUAUAUGGGCAAAGCAUCGCAACAUCGCGAUAGUGGCCGUCGUGGAGGGGGGAGACGCUAUGAUGACUAUGAUGACCGCCGGGACUAUGACUAUCGUGGUGGACGGGAUAGGGACUAUUACAGAGAUGACUACUAUCGGGGCAGUAGCAGUUACUACAGAUCACGAUCACGAUCUUACUCCCCACGUCGUUACUAGUGAGCAGUGCGUCACCCACACCAUCAUAGUAUAAUCUGAAUUGGUGAGCACAGUUUCAUCGACUCCAUAGUUUGCGACGUCACAUUGGCUGGACCCACGAUACACUAGAUGAUGCAAUAGUGUAAGACUUGUAGAUCAGCCUGAUAAUUUCACCUGCACUAUAUAUAACCAUGAACGGUUUGUUUAUCUGAUCCAGUAGUUAUGACAUUGUCGCCUCCCAUGGAGCAGCAAGUGUAUGGUUUUUGAUGGUAUUGUUUUUGAUUUUAAGCAAAUGCAGUGUUUUACAGAUUUAGAUCAACAGUUUUAGUACAACAGGAUGAAGUAUCAACACCAUAGCGGAUGUAAAUCAAAAUACUUUCCACACUCUUCUAGUGUUGUGAGUCAUACAUUUUAUGAUCCUUGACCAAGCUUUUAGCAAUGACUUGUUUUGCGCUUCUCCCGCACCCGUACGUAUAUUAUCAGUAAUAGAACAUUCAGAGUUCUAGUGACAGGCUGUCAGUUGAGUUGAUUAGCUUUGUAUAAUAGUCAAGCUAGUUUUAACGAAGUUCAUUUUUGCAGACAGGUUACCACAAGUAAGAAAAUAAAGUGAAGAAACUCGAA